GAAAUAACCGAACCACUCUAGAAAUGCAACAGAAGAAAGACGAAAACCUCCUUCCAUGCAUUUGGGUUGAUAUAAAAAGGGAAAAAGAAGGAUGGAGCCAUGGGAGUAUAUUAGAAGCUACCCAACCCAAUGUUAAACGGUCACUAAAUGAACUGUUAUAAGUCAAGGACUAAUGUGCUUUAACUGAUAGAAAAAGGGCUAGAUAACUCCUAUAAUCAGGUUGUUUGAUGAUGAUUUUAUGCUGUCAAGUUGGUGUCAAUGCUUAACCACCCCAUGGAUAGACUUUCUCUGGGGAGACCCCUUCACAUCCCCCCCCUCCAGGUCCUCUGGACAGUAUCCCCCCCGCCGCACUGCAACUGAGCCCCUCCCCCACUAUGCUGGUCCCCCUUUUCCACUCUUCCCUUCCAUCUUUCCUCCCAUUUCAUUUCAUUUAUUGGAUUUAUAUACCGCCCUACUCCCGAACGACUCAGGGCGGUGAACAGCCACAGAAUAAAACACAUAAAUACAAAAUUUAAAAACAGAAUAAAACCGAAUUAAACAAUUUGGCCGAGACAAAUUUAAAACACCCAAUAAUUUUAAAAACAAAUUAAAAUUUACAUUUUAAAGGGGAAAGAUUUAGGCCAGGCAGGCUUGAUGGAAUAAAAAAGUCUUGAGAGCACGACGGAAGGUGCGCAGAUCCAGGAUCCUCCGUAUCUCCGGUGGGAGCUCAUUCCAGAUAGUAGGUGCCCCCACAGAGAAGGCUCUCCUCCUGGGGGCUGCCAGUCAACAUUGUUUGGCCGACGGCACCUGGAGGAGCCCCUCUCUAUGAGAGCGUACCAGCCGGUGGGAGGCUCUUGGUGGUAGCAGGCGGUCCCAUAAAUAACCAGGUCCUAAGCCAUGGAGCGCUCUAAAGGUGAUAACCAAAGCCUUGAAGCGCACCCGGAAGAUCACCGGGAGCCAGUGCAGCUCGUGCAGGAGAGGUGUUAUAUGGGAACGCCAUGUCACUCCCAUAACCAUCCGCGCGGCUGCACUCUGCGCCAGUUGGAGCCUCCAAGCGCUCCUCAAGGGGAGCCCCAUGUAGAGAGCAUUGUAAUAGUCCAGGCGGGAGGUGAUGAGGGCAUGAGUGACUGUGCGUAAGGAGUCCCGAUCUAGAAAGGGACGCAACUGGCAAAUCAGGCGGACCUGAUGAAAAAUCCACCCGGUCAUGGCCGUCAAAUGCUCUUCUAAAGACAGCCGUGAAUCCAGGAGGAUGCCCAAGUUGCGAGCCCUCUCCAUGGGGGCCAAUGAUUCGCCCCAAUAGUCAGCGAUGGCACCAGCUGACUAUAUCGGGAUAUUGGAAACCACAGCCACUCGGUCUUGGAUGGGUUGAGCCUGAGCCUGUUUCUUCCCAUCCAGAUCCACACGGCCUCCAGGCACCCGGACAUCACUUCAAGGGCAUCAUUGGGGUGGUCCGACGUGGUCCAUCAGAGCCUCUUCCAGAGAGCAAGGAGGGUCUCCCCACAAAGGGUCCCAAGGGGGAGAAUGUGCGUCCUUUGAGUAACAUUUCUCCAACCCUCCAUCUGUUUGUUUCCUGGGCUCUCCAGGGUCUCCUCGGGAGUCAGGAAGGGCCCCUUCAGCCACUUCUGGUGGGGCAGAGGAACAAGGGGCUGCUCCUCAGCCAUGGGGCAGAGGAGGAGAGUCCCUGAGCUGCCCUGAUGAAGAAUUGUGGCUUGUUGCCUGCUGGAUCCUGGCCAGUUCCUCAGUUCCGCUUCAGAGGAGCCCAACACUUCAGGCUGGGGAAGCGAAGCCCAAAUGCCUCUGCAGCUGUUGGGGGCUGGAGAAAGAAACUCUCUGUGUGUGUGUGUGUGUGUGUGUGUGUCAGAGAGAACUCGGAGAAGAGCACAAUAUUUGGGGUGUUGAAAGCAUGAAAGGGGCCCAGAGGUUCUGCCUGGGUCAGGUGAGGGAUGGAGGCCCCACAGAGGCUGCCUGGAUCUGACUUUGUGUGAGUGGUUGUGUCAGAUACACAACUGUGGGGCAGAUUCGGACUCUGCCGCCUCCUUCAGCUGCUGGGGGGGACCUGGCUCUGGGCUGCUGAGGCUGGUGCUGGGCCGGGGGGGGGAGUUUGACCCCUCCAGCCCCCCAUCCCUGGAAAGGACCCAGGCCACCUCUGGACCCACAAAGCUCUUUAAACAGAAUCUGGAAUUCAGGAUCUGUCUAAGCCGCCUUUGCGUAACUCAGCGGAACUGGAAUCUCCCAAAGACUAGAAAAAAUAUUAUCUAUGGAUGUAGUGAACGAGGAGUAGAAGAAACAGAAGGUCUCCUUUUGGGAUAGUUUGGGGGGAGGAGAUUUCCAGACUGUGAUGGUUAAAAGGCUGUAAUCCUAUAGUGGAGGAUAUAGGAUCACCGAAGUCCCCAGGAUUUCUAUUAAAACUCCAGGUUGUUCUAUAAAUUAUAAAUUCAUUGUUUGGUUUGAUAUACUGUCCAUCCUUCCUAAAUAAUCUUGAAACCUUUUACAAGGAGGAAAAUCCGCUCAGAUCUUCUUACACAUAUCCGUGGAUAUGGAUUUUCUUCUUUUGGGAAAAUAUUUCCUCCAACUCCCCUUCAGAAGAACGGAGCUAAUCUCAGAGGAUGGAUUCUUAGGACUUGGGAGUCCCAGGACUGAUUCCUCUCCCGGUAAAAUCCGUUUUAUCUCACACUGCAAAACGUUGAGUUCCCUGGGAAAGAACAAACGGCAGGAAUGAUGGAGCCGCUUCGUCCAGACGUUCUGAGCAAGAGAGAUGCGUGUUUCAAGGAAGGGAAAUGCUGUUUUCUCUUGUAAAGCCAAGAGAUCCGUGCGGAAAUUCCCCCGUGAAGGGGGCUGGGGAGAGCAUUCCGGCUGGAUUAGGAGGGAUCCCUGCAGAUCCUCUCUGCCUCUUCCGGCAUGGACUGUCAGUUGAGAGUUUCCCUGGCUUCCCUUCGGAUUGGGACUUCUAUACCACCCUUCUCCCGAAGGACUCGGCGGUGUACAGCCAUAUUAAAAUGCAUAAAUUUACAAGAUACCUGGAGAGGGGCAUCUACGACUGGCAGGAGAUCUAUUACUUCGACAGCGACUGUGGGGAGUUCGUAGCCGUCACUCCGUUGGGGCAGCCCUAUAUGGACAAGUGGAACAGAGACAAGCAGUGCCUGCAGUACAAGAAGGCCGAAGUGGAUGGCUUCUGCCGGUACAACUACCGCUUGUUGAACUACGAGGCAGCCAAGGCAGAGGAGCACCUGAUUGGCCGGAGAGGAGAGCAUCUGGAAUGAAGCUGGACUCCUGGACAAUACCUUAUAUACCUGAGAGGCGGAGUCAAGGCAUCAAGCUUGAUAUCAAAAAGAAAUCUUGAAUGACAUGAUGCGGGGCAGAUAAAAUGCACUUUCUACUCCUGCUGUUUUAAAUCAAGA